AUGGAUAAAUUACUUUUAACAGAAAAUGGUGAAAGAAUGAGAGACAAAUAUGGCUAUAGGUUAAGAGCUGCUGGUAUUGUAACUUUACCUACAAAUAAUCCUACAAAUCCAAAUAUUUUACUUGUUUCUGGUAUUAAAAAUCCAUCAAAUUUUGUUCUUCCUGGUGGAGGAAUUGAAAAAGAAGAGGAUGCCAAAGAAGCAGCAUUAAGAGAAGUUAAAGAAGAAGCAGGAGUUAUUUGUGAAAUAUUAUGGAGUGUUGGAGAAUUUAAGGAUGAUAUUAAAUUACAAAGAACAUUUUUAUAUAUGCUCAAACCAAUAAAAAUUUUGGAAGAAUGGGAUGAUCGUUGUAAAGGAAGAACAAGAUUUUGGAUUCCAUUAAACGAGGCACUUGAGAAGAUUAAACCACGUCAAAGAAUUAUGAUUAAGGCGUAUGUCGAUCGCGUAAUGCAUUCUCCAGCCAUAUGA